AUGUUAAAUUAAUUCGCAGUUGAAUUGCUUAGAGAUUUGAAUUGUGUAAGAGGAAACCCUCUUUAUUUUGAUACUAGUCUCAUUUAGUUAUUUGAAUCCAUCUCAUAGAACAGUGAAAUGCAAGUAUUCAUUUUCUAAGUCAUCAAAGUCAUCACCAUGCAUCAAUCCAAAUGACAUUUUAGCAGUAAUCAAUAAUUUUGGAACAGAUGUUCAUUUCUUAUCAGAUCAUAUCAUGAAAUAGAAGACCAAUGACUAUUCCAAACUUAUUAGUGGAUAUCGAAAGUAAAUCUUUAUAUUACAUAAAUGUAGUCGUCUCUCAGAUUCUACUAAAUAAAAAUUUAAAUUGAUGUUCAAUAAAUAAAUAAACAAUCCAAUCAUAUAUUAGUAGCAUUUAACACAUUGUUAUAUUCAUCUUUAUGAAAACACAAAUUUCUAUUUAUUAUUAAUUGUAUUACAAUCUAAAUAUGUGAUUGUUGAUUCAAUUACUCAAAAGAAUACAGGAAUCCAUAUUUAAGGAUGGUUAAAUUAUCCUACAUAAUUGACUGGAAUUCAAUUUGUAGAUGGAGAUUAAUAUUAUGAAUUAUAAGACUCAGAUACUAAAUAAAAGUAAAUCACUAUAGAAAAUUAAAAUAUUUGGUUAUUCGACUUAUUUAUUGAUAAUUCAAGUACUUAAAUACUUCCUUUGAUAUCUCAUAAAUUUGGAGAUAUACCUAUAGUCUAAUUCUUUUGUGAAUAAUAAGUUGGAGAAGUCUAACUUAAAGAAUAGAAAUCAUUAUAAUCUCCAUCCCAUCCAAUACUUAAACAAUUACAUUUACUCUCUUCUAGAGACCCACUACAACCUAUUAAAUCAAAUCUAUAAAAUAAAAUUGAAUAACUUAAAGGUUAAAAAUUUACAGGAUUUGAAUAAGAACAUCAUCCAAAGGUACCUCAUACUACAUCAAAAAAUUUAUAAUUGUUUCGUAUUGAAGAAAAUCAAUACGAAUAAUCUAGUGCAAAGCCUGAUGAUUUAGAUUUAUACACUAAAAAUUUAGAAUCUAAAUAUCUAAAUGCCCCUAAAUUUCCUUGUUUAAUUGAUGGAUUAAUUAGUUCAGAAUCAUAAAUGCUAGAAAAAAGUCAAAAUCCAUAUGUUCCUUUAACUCAUAAGGAAUAGUCAACACUCUCAGAAAUAAGACAUUAGACUGUAAAUACUUAAGAUUCUGCUAUAAAUGAACAUUUAAGUAAUAUGUUGGAUUAGAAAUAAUUAUAAAAUAUUUAUUAAGAUUUAUGUAGAGAGGUUGAAAAGCCUUAGAAUAAUUUGUAGUAGAGUUAAUAAAUAUUUCAACCUUAUAAUGUUGAAUCUCUUUAUUUUGGUAAUUCUUAAUAGCAUUCUAAUCGUAAUUAUGAAUCAUAAGACUUAUUUUUACAAUAAUAAUAAUAAUAAUAAUAAUAAUAAUAAAAUUAAUUUUAUAAUUAGUAAUAAUAAUAAUAAUAAUAAUAAUAAUAAUAAUAAUAAUAAUAACCAUUUAAUUAAGAUUAUUCAUAAUAAUAAUAAUAAUCUUAUUAAUACUAAUAAUAAUAAUAUUUAUAAUAGUAAUAAUAAUAAUAAUAAUUUUAUUAUGAAUAACAAUAGUAAUAGUUAUUAUAAUAAUAAUACUAAUAACAAUUAUAUUAAUAAUAAUAACUUCAAUAUUAAAUGAUGUUAUAUCAUUAAUAAUUGUAAUAAUAUCCAAAUAAUUUAUAAAUAUAAUAACCUGAAGAACAAUAUUAUUUUGAAGAACCAUAAUUGGAAUCUCCACCUAAAAAGUGGUCUUUUAGUCCUCAAAAACAAGAUGAAUCAAUUGCAAUCAAGAAAAGAACCUCAAAUCCUGAGCCUUAAAAUAAAACAUCUUAUCGAUAUUCAAUAAGAUAAUCAAUCAAAUAAUAAAAGAAAUCAGAAUUCUAAUUGUCAAAUACUUAAAAAAUAUUAUAGAAAGAAGGGGCAUAAAUAAAAGAUAAUGAAAUUCCAUUCAAAUGUAAACUCAAGAUUAAUUCAAUACAUCCUUAUGAUUUUGUUGAUUUAAGAUCAAAUAGAGCAUAAAAAAAGAUGAAAGAAAUAGAAUAGGGUUUAUUAAGUUAAUCUAUAAGAUGUAAAUAAUUUUAUUAUUAUUAGAUCACAAAGAUCAUAAUUUUAAUGCAUUAUAUCGUAAUGAGAAAUUUUCAGAUAUUGUUCUAAUAGUUAAUGAUCAUUAAUAUAAAUCUCAUAAAUCAGUAUUGAUUUAGGUUUCUAAUUAUUUUAAAGAAUUAUUAGAAACUAAAUAAUUUGAAUUAAAUUUGUAGGUUGAUAAUUUAUAAUUAUUUGAUAUGGUUUAUAAAUACAUAUAUUUAGGUAAAUUGACAGAUUCAGAAUGGAAUGAAGUAGGAAUUCAUUAAUCAAUUAAAUUUUAUAGAUUGGCAGAAAAAUUAGAGUUAUAUUAAUUGAUUGAAUAAUUAAUAAGUAGAGUUGUAAUACCUAUGAUGAUAAAUGAAUUUGUACUAGAUUGGUACAUUAUAGGUUUUAGGAAUUAAAAUUCUCAUCUUUCUUACAUUUUUAAAUUUGUUUAUGUUUAUACAGUAACAUAUUUUUCAUUAAAUUGCAAAACUAUAAUUGAUUUAAUUAGAGGUAGAUAAGAUGAUUCAAUUAUUAAAGAUUAAUAGAUGUAAAAUAAAUAUAAGAAAAUAUUUGAUUUGAUGACACCUGAAGAAAUAUAUUUUCUUGUUUAAUAACCUUUAAUGUAAACUGAUUUUGAAGGAGUUGAUAAUUUAUUAUGGUUAAUAACAGAGAAAAAAUAAUGUUAAUAAAUAGAUUUACUAAAACAAUUAUCAAUGGAUCAUUUAUCUAAUUGUGGAUUUAAAUAUAAAGAUUUCACUAAUUAUUAAUUUGAAUAGAAUUUGCCUCUAUUAAAUAAUCAAAUUAUUAUAUAUCCUUAAAGACUUUAAGAGACCAAGAAAAGGAGAAGUUCUAUAUAUACUGAUUAAGAAUUUCAUUAUUCCGAAUCAUUAUUUGAUGAAUAUUCAUUUUAUUAAUAAAACUCUAAUACUUGUAAAAUUAACAAGUUGGUUUAUGAAAUGAAAAUUAGUAAUGUAGUAGGUAAUUCAAUUGUAAUUUCUGAAUGUUUUGCUUCAUAAAGUCUUGCUUGGAGAUUAAUUAUUGAUAUUAAUGAUAAGAAUAUCAUAUCAAUUUAUUUGUAAGAAAGGGGAUCAAUUAAAAAUAAUCUAAAAUAUAUGAAUCUUGAAGAUAACUUAAUGGAUGAAUCAUUACCUUAAUAUACAAAAUUAAAUUUUAUUAGUGUUUUAGUUAAAAUUUCAAUACUUAAUAAAUAAGAAUAAAGCAAUGAAAGAGUUAUGUAUCAUACAUAUCCAACAAAUUAAUUCCACACAGUAGGAUUUGAAGAUAUUUAGACUGUAGGUUCUUCUUUAUGGUUAAAGGUUUAUAUAUAAGAAGAUCCUCUUCAUUCUGCUUUAAUGCAUUGGUGUGGAUAUAAUUUUAACGAUAAGUUCUGUUAAUUACCCUAUUUUACAUUAUAUUCAUUAUUAAAAUCAGAUAUGUUGAGAAUAAGUGAAGAAAAAUAAAUUUUAGGAUUAUUGUACAAUUUAUAAAAAUCUGAAUAGGAAUAAAAUCUUGAUCUUGUUAUUCAUCCAAUCAGAUAUUUUUAUGUGCCAAUAGGAGAAAUCUUUACAUUAUCUAAAGAUUGUUAGACAGUUCGAAAGAAUAAGUUAUUCUAAAGUAUUUUGAAUUUAUUAUUAUCUCAUUAUUUGGAUGGGAAAUAACAUAAUUAGAAACCUAGAAAGACUUAUGCAAAAAUAGAUAUAUUAAUAAAUCAAUCAGAUUUUAAGAAAGAAUGGUUAAAAUGGUUAAUAUAUAGUGAUAAUAAAACAUUGAAAAUUAAUACAAAUGAUAUAAAAAAAGAAGUAAUAGAGAAAUAAAAGAAAAUUGAAAGAUAAUAAUACUAAUAAUACUUUUAAGUUUAUAAUUACACACCAAAAAAAUAAUUAGAGUAAUAAUAACAAUAAUCACCUAAAUGUAAUAUAUUUUGA